AUGUCCACACACCAUUUUGAGGCCGAUGAGCCCGAACAGGUCAUCAUAAAAGCAGAUGAGGUCGACCAGACUGGGACCGAUAUCUCGCCUGUGCCGGAUGAAGAACUAUUGGCGGAGGUUGUCGAUGGUCUCACUUUGGAACCGUCGCCGGUUAUUGAAAGACAAAUGCCAGCAGGUCCUGCUUCAGGAAACUCCAGGCCAACAGGGCGACCAGGCCUCGCGCGUGAUGCUGCUGCUCCCCCUCCACCAAUGCAACCACCGCCUCCUGCUCCUGGCCAGAAUGCGAUAGAGUUGGCUCCAGAUUCUCUCAGCCUUGCGCAAUUGAGACGCAUUGUUCAAGACAUUCCAAAGGUCGAACAACAGGUAUAUGCUUUUCGUUAUGCCGACACUCAGCCUUUUCCUGAAGAGCUUGAUGAGUGGUUCCAGUAUAGUGAGCCGGAACGAAUGAUGCUUGUCGGAUCCAAAGUUUCAUUUCACCAGCAAUGGAAAGAGUUUUGUCAUCGACACUCCCUCGACACUGGCACUUCAUGGCUUGAUGCGGAUUUUGACACUAGGAAAAAAUUUCUGAAACAUCUUCUAACUGGGCUUGAUGACUCGGAUUUGUACACUCGCAUUGAAGCCCUAGAAGCAGUGUGCUAUGCAAUGUGCGGUGUUUGGGGGCUUACUGGAGGGAGACCUGUUGAUGCUUACCCUGAAAAUCCCACUGCUGAGGAAGAGUCAGACAACCCCAGAACGAAAUCUCUUCAGAUCAAGUGGAUCGUUGAUAACGUGCUUCUCAUCCAUGAAUGUGGGGGUAUUCCAAGACUCUACGAGUACAUGAAGUCCAUAUAUGACAAGGAAUCAAGCCCGCUGGAAACUGAUCCUGUUGAUCUGGACAAUGAAAAAGAACAUGCCACAUACCUCAUCGCCCGCGAACGAGAAGCGAAUCUUAUUCUCACGUGUCUGUAUUUCGUGGUCGAGGUCGCCAGAAGACAAGAAACACUGGACAAGACGAAUGUGAAAUUACGGGAUGCUGUUUCUGCAUUGCAGCCAAGUCUAUUAAUUACACUUGUCAAGGUCAUUUCUGGACUGCGAUGGGAGGACUCGGCCGCCAUACCUUUUACCCGGAUUGCUUUACUGUUUUGGAAAACGAUUAUCCUCAUAUUCGGCGGUACUCAGAGUCUAGAGGAUGCGAAAAGGGCUCUAGAGCCCAAAAUGGACAUUCCCACAGAUCCAGCUGACCGUCGAGAGCCAUUCUUGACUGCAUCUCCGCUGGAUUAUCAUAUUUUUCGUCAAGAAGUCACGUCGAAAUACCCGGCAUACAAUCCACCGCCAUUAGUCGUGCCUCUAGAGCUGGAUCACAAAUCUAUACUUCCGCCCUUUGCAAACCAUCCUAGUCGGUUAGCUUCUACGCAUGGAGUGUCUGGCCCGCCGGCAGUUGGUAGCAGUGGCUCGAUCCUCCAUCAGCCCGUACACAUUGCUACACCAGCUCCGUCACCGCCGCCAUCUCCGAUAGGACCAAGUGGAAAAGCAGCGAAGAAGCAAAACUACCAAACAAAUCAACAUUUUCCAUUCAUGUACCCACCGUUGGAUGAUUCAAGCAACAACAUCGGAGGCAAAGGUACCAGCGAGAUGCAAGACACUCUGGUAGGAAAGAAGUGGGAGGGCAGCGAUGUUCCGGCGUCUAUUAUCGAGGCUGGCAAGCUCUUCUCCAGUCACGUCAAGAUGACUAGGGCGACGCGUCAAUUAUGGGAGGAACGUGAGCGUUUUAUGAAGUAUGAACGAGGCUGGAAUGCCGACGAUAACGUCAACGAAGGCACGAAUGACGAAGAACAUUCAGACACAAGCUCGGCUCCCUCAGAAAGUCGCAGAGACAGUGUAAGACAAACUACCCCAGAAACGGAAAAUGAAGAUGUACAGCGACGAUUAGAUGCAGUUGAGAACUUCUACAAACAAGCAAUGCCGCAUCUUCAAGCAAUCGUCAUUGUUCUACUAAAAGUCAUUUUGACCAAUAUCAGUUCAAUGAUCAAUCAAGCAAAUGGUCAAGGCGGUCAUGGUGCAGGCAUGACCAAUGGCUAUCCGUAUGGUGGGACACGGGAGGAUUUCUUGAACGAUGUUGAAGAGCUUGACAUUAUCAGACUACGAGAAAUCACGGGAAAAGCUAUUUCUGGUGCUUUAUUGCUCUUGCUAAAGUGGUUCAAACGAUCUCAUAUCCUCAAGUUUGAGUACAUGACACAGUUGCUUCUGGACUCGAAUUACCUUCCAUUGAUACUAAAGAUGUUUGCUCAUCAAGAUGUCGAUCACUUGAUUGCUCAGCAAAACGAUCGCAAGGAGUACAGCUUCUUCCAUUUCUGCCGGUUCCACUCUGAUGACCCGCCCGAAGAGGACGCUUCUAUAGAAAACGAAUCAAUGGAUGAGGAAGAAGAGGCUAUACCUCCACCGAUUCUACGUCGCAGAGCAUCAGUGAACGGGAGCUCGUCGGUACGAGGUCCAUCGCCUGUAAAGAAUGAACAGGGUUAUACCGAUGGCACCACACGUCCUGAAGUCGAUGAACUAGGUUACCCAACAGGACCAGUUCCAGAGGACCCUAUCACAGCUUACUCCUUCCGCAACUUCUUCUCAGUCAUCAACUAUCUGCAUAUCAUGCAAAAGAUCACACGAGACAAGGCACACCGCUGCCUUCUCCUUGUACAGUAUAGAUCUAGCACUAUUCUUCGGAAGGGAUUAAAGAUACCGGACCCCCAUCUGCGGCUUUAUACUCUCAAGCUAUUCAAAUCGCAGGUCCCAUACUGUGGUCGAAAAUGGCGACAGACCAACAUGCGCGUCAUCACAGCUAUAUACCUCUACUGCCGCCCGGAGCUACGAGACGACUGGCUAGCAGGCUCAGACGUCGACGCAGAAGUUGAAGAUGCUCUGCCCCUGGAACAGGCGCUUCGUGGUCUCACUCACUGGUGGCACUUGCGUCAAUACAAAGACGUUUUGAAUAUUGAGGAAGAAGGGACUUCACUUUUUGAAGAAGAAAGGGAUUUCUUCACCAGGGAGUUGGAUGCUAUGGGCUGGGGUCUUUAUGGCGAGGAUAUGCUGAAUGAUGUAGAUGAAAGAGACUUUGGGAUGCCUACGAGUGGGACGACGGAAUGGGAUGGUGGGCCUUUGCAGAUGGAGGGUUGGUGA